GUAUCUGCGAAUCUGAAAUAAAUGCAACUGAGUGCAAAUUUAUAUAGCAUAAACCUUUUCGGAAAGAGGAAAGAGGACCUUAGAAUUACGGGAUUUAGAGCCUUGUGACGUUUAACCAUACAUUCCACUUUUGAAAAGAAAGAGAAGGCAAAGGAAAAGAGAGAAAUAGGCAAGUCGUUCUAAAAAGCGUUGCAUUUAUUUUCUUGUUAGUACAGGGAUAAUUCCUAUAAGGGGAGACUUGUAGCUUAUUACUAACCUAUUCAGUUUCUGCCGAAGCAUUUUUUUUUUCACAAUUUUAUUAUUUUAUCCUCGGUGUGUAACAAAAAAUGUAAAUUAUAUUUUUCUUUGAGAUGCGAGGAAGCAGCACACUGAACAAGGAAAAACUGACAAAAUAUGCACAUCGAUUGUUUGGAGGUUGUAAUACAGAAUAUAUAAAUGACAAUGAGCUCACGAAGAUCAUACCUGUACCUUCAGACUAAAUGAAAGACAAUAAUUUUUUUUAAAACAAGACUAAUUUGGCAGCAGUAGAUAAAAUGUACCACUGUGAAGGCUACUUGAAAAGGAAAAUUUUGUUUUAAUCAAAUCUCAUUGAAUUUAUCCUCCAAAACUUGCGAGAUGAAAACUUUGCCUCCAGAUCUCACUGAGACAUCCAGCUUCAAGUACAAAGUAGAAGAUUCUGAUCAGUCCGCUUCACACAAUAUUGUGUACAACUGGCUGUUUCAGCUGCUAAGGGUAGUACUUCCGACUGUAUUGAGGAUAUCAAGUCGAAAAAAUUUUAAAAAAAGUGCAUAUUUAGCCCAAAAAGAAAACUGUGGAAGAACGCUCUUUGUUGCGCCGAGGAACUGUAGUUGCGAACCAAAAGUCUUCCAUAUCCUUUCUGACGUGGUGUGAGAUCUUUUCGUUUGUUACGUACCCGUCAAACAACUGCCCUGUCAACUGGAAAGCACUUUUAGUCCAAUAUUGCCAUCGAAAUAGAUAAUACUCCAUUUCCUGUCAACCGUGGGGGAUAAGCGGAGAUUUUCAAUUAGAAAACCCGCAAGCAGAGACUUAGCAAUUUACAAGCGUCAGUAGCAUCGCUAACAGCCGCACUAAGAUUGCAAGCCAUGAAUCAUACAAACAGCACCAAGCCAGGAGCAAAACUGAAUGAUUCAGUGACUGGCGGCAUCUACGAUCCUCUAAAUAUUCUUUCAUUCAGCUGCUUGCUUCUUAUUAUGACUCUGACCUUAUUCGGAAAUGCACUUGUUAUUCUCGCCUUCAAGAGGAACACUAAGAUUCGCACAGUAACUAACUACUUCGUUGUAUCUUUAGCCGUGGCUGAUAUCUUGGUUGCCCUCGUAUCCAUGCCGAUAUGGGCUGCUUAUCUCAUGUCCGGGGUGCAGCUCGAAGAGGUUUUCCUAAAAGUAUGGACAUUUAUGGAUAUUCUCUGCGGGGUGGCUUCCAUAAUAAACUUGACCGCAAUUAGCAUCGAAAGGUACUUCUGUAUCACUUAUCCUCUUAAUUAUCACACCACGAUGACGUCAACGAAGGCUAUAACUACCAUCAUUGUCAUCUGGAUAUUUUCUAUCGUUAUGUCCUCUCUUAAGAUUAUCCUAUGGCUGUGGCCUCCACCAAAAUACGAACUAAUGGUAGUUAUCAGCUGCUUUUUUGUGCCACUUUUAAUUAUGUGUAUAUCCUACAGAUUUAUUUUCAAGACCGCGCGCUUUCAAGCGCGUCAAAUAGCGCUCAUGAUAAACGGCAACGUCAAAAACUUUCUUCUGGCGUCGGAGAUGCGCGCCGCAAAAACGCUAGCCGUCGUAAUGGGCGCUUUUGUCAUCAGUUGGGGACCUUUCUUCAUUGUAAACAUCGUUUAUGGAUUUUGUGAAAGUUGUGUAACAGAACAAUCCGUGGUGGUAGCCAAAUGGAUGCACUACUCAAACUCUGUGUUUAACCCCAUUGUGUACGCGUGUAUGAACAAGGAAUUCAGAAAGGCAUUCUGUAUUAUACUUUUUGGACGAAAACGAUGUUGCAGACCAAGAGGAAGAACCGAAACAACCACAGAUCAGACUGAACUUACCCUAGGAAAUCACAUUUGAUUUGUAACUCCUGCAUCCGCAAGCUUGAUACCUUGCCAAAUAUUAUCAGGAGUACCGUAGAAACCUAGGCCACUUAUACACAUUUCGUUUAUUUUUGGUAGAAGGAAACACGCUAAAGAAUGCUCUUAAGUGAGCUGAAUUUGUCGGGUGCACUAAUGAAAAACUCUUUAAAACAUUUCAUGUGCUUACAACAAGGUUCCAACAUGGGACAGAUGAUACGGUUUCUGCUGUAAGUGUAAGCCUAUGGCCUACAUUAGUUGAAUUAGACCAUUAGUUGGUGAUCAGGCUAAUUUGAGUGCUUGUGUAUUGAGUAUAUACAUAAGAUACCUCCAUUUCUAAACUUCACGGACCGGUUAUUGAAACAAAGUUUAGCCGUUGUUUGACAAAACCGUGUUCUAAGCCAUCUUCAAGUGGGCCGAACCUUUCUCUGAACCUUUAUAUUUGUGACCAAUGUUAAGAGAACCGAAAGCUAAUAGUGGAAGGACAUUUAUCUAAUUUGAUCAAUCCUAUUAUAGUGAAUUCAGAGGCCCAGUGUUUACCUAAAACCACGGUUUGGGUUUGGCCUCGUGUGAAUAAUCAGCCCAGUUUUCUACCUAUACCACUGUUUUGCCACAGUCGCUGCAAAGCUAAGACAUAACUGUAUCAGUUCAAUGGCAUCCUCUCAGUCGGUGUAAACUUCUGAAAAUCGAUAUACUGCUAGGUUAUUAUGAUAAAAGCAAUAAUUUCUUUGAUAUAACCGCUUCCCGUUCGGAGAAAAAAUUUUUUUUGGACCAGACUUAUCUCACCUUACUUAGCUAACGUGAAUCUAAGACAGUGAAUCAGCUUCCACACAACUACGACAUAAAAAUUCAAAUGUAUCUCCUCCUUUUAAAUCUGUCAACUCACCUUUGCUCAUAAAUUUCAUUUGUUUUUCUUCCACUGUUGUCUCGCAUGUUAAAUUAAAUCACUCUUUUGGGAAAAAGCAAGGAAUAUAGCCACCUUUUCUCUUCCUGGACAUUUAUCUAAUUUGAUCAAUCCUAUUAUAAUAAUUCUACUCCUGGCAGAGGAGAAUUUAAAGGACUAUGAUUCUUAAACACCAGGAAAAGCCGAACAUAUGAG